CUUGGCCGUACGCUGAACACGUUUUAAAGUGGUUGACAUCUAUAUUUACGACUGACAUCGAUGUUAUCUCGCAAAUUCGAGCUGAAUGCAGCUAUGUGAUUACACGCCAUUCUAGUCGCCAAUGAAUCCGCACGCCGAGACGGAGCAUAUUUAGUCCUCCGCCACUUGCCCUGGUACCUGAAUUGCGCACAUCUCCGAUCAAGAGGCGGUAGACGGAGGCGCACAGCCUGUGUUUGCAUUUUUCCCCGGUGUCGCCUCCCUGAGAGAAAGGGUGUCAGAAAAGGGGAUGAAUGAAAAGUUGGGGAUGAAUGGAGCUCUGCCCUCUUAAAUGGGCACGGGAAAGGACGUGAGGCGUUCCGGAGGAGAGCAAGAGCGCAGGCGCCCCACCCCUGCCUUCAAUUAAAAAAUCUCAAGGUUUUUCUGUGCAAAAGCGAAGAUGGCGACAGACUGAAACAGCCAGCGGAACAGGGUUAAAGAUGAUGAGGAGGUACAGCUCUCUACACCACACACGGAAGAAAACAUAAGGACAAUGCCUGACUAUUCGAAGAGGACCAUUCUCAAAUAAGAUUUCUUUACUGGACGUUGCUAUGCGUUUCCUGGAUGAUGCUCAACUGGCGAUGGACAUGUCGGUCGGCUUUCGCGGCAUGUCUAAAUUGAGACUGUUAAGGGAAUAUUACGCCGGCCGUAUUCGUUCUAUUAUGAAUUGUGAAAAUUAAAAGUCAGUGGUUCUACAGUUGUAUGAUUCCUUCGAUUCAGCAGCGUGGAGAACUACCAUCUAUCAUCAUGUUGCAAACGAGGUAGGUGACAUUGUUUUGGGGGAUAUAUUGCGGAGGUGACAAGCCCAUCUGAGCUCGCUUUUGUCUCCCCCUAAAAUAUGAUCAGGGGUGUUUGGAUGUGUCGAAGGGAAGAUGACGCUGUGGUAAAAAUUUGCUGUGCACCCAAACAAAGCGACAAACCAUGCACCGACUCAGAGAGGGUACAGAAAUGGCGAAUGUCUUUGGCAUCUCUUUUAUUUUUCACCGUCCUUCUCUCUGACCACCUCUGGCUGUGCGCGGGAGUUAAGUCCAAAGACCGGAGCCAGCGUAGAGCCUGGGGCAACGCAACCGACGGGCCCCAGCCGGUCCUCGGGGGAGAGAAAUGUGUUUUUCUUAGCAAUCAGACCAAAUCCCUGCCUCCCACUCCUCAGUGCACUGACCCCCAGAGCCGGACGCAUCUGGAGUCCUCAUGCAUGGCUCUGUAUCGGCAAAAAAUCGGCCUAAUCGGAUCAUUCUCAGCUUCCGCGGUCAUGUCUCCCCAUAUGUUCUUGGAAUACUUUAGGAAUUUCAGCCUCUCUUUUUGUGACACUUACUCCGUGGCAGACCUGCUGCAGGGCAUGGCGAGCCCGGACGGAUUGAACUGCAGCCUGGCGAACGUCAUCCGGGAACUGUUCGGCGGCGGAGAGGAAGACGGGGAUCUGUGCAGCGCGUGCGUCCAGGAGUACGUUAGGCUGGAUCAACAUGCUCAGGAAAGAUAUGAGGAGUUCGACUUCCUCUUUCUCACGUACCUAUCAGAGGACUAUUCCGUCAGAUCGCACGCAGAGUACUGUAAGUCUGCGUACAAAGCCUGGCUGUGUUCUGAGUUCUUCCCCACCUCGCAACAGCAGUGUCUCCGUCGCAUCCCGUGCAAGCAAUACUGCCUGGAGGUGGAGACCAGCUGCCCCUUCGUGCUGCCAGACAACGAUGACCUGGUCUACGGAGGCCUAUCCAGUUUCAUCUGCACAGGGCUGCUGGAGGAGCUGGACAGCAGUGGAGGACCAGAGUGUUGUGAUGUCAGAUGGAGUGGGUGUGACCCGUCCAUGGGGGCAGCAUGCGCUCUGACCCAGCUCCAGGGGUCAUCGCCGUGGCAGCCGAGGUCGUGGCAGGCGGUGUCGUGCGCCUCGAGACUGUGCAGCGGCAGACUGAAACUGUGCAUGCUCGUCCUCAUCUUACUGCACACUGUUGUUUCCAUCACGACUGUUGGCAGUGGCAACACAGGCCUGGACGCCAUGGUAACCCUGGAAGACAGUCCUGUCAGGGAGGAGUGACCUUACAGCACCACACCAUCCUCCACACGCUCCGAUCUCAUCUGCCAGCCACGUCCUUUCUUUUCCUGCCUUUCCUCCUGGACAACCAACUCACCCUGCCCCCCCUCCGUCCGUUGCCGUGGUAGAGAUCUGCCAUCGCGUCGCGCCGCCUCCCUCCAAGCCUCACGCAGAGAUGCUGAGACAUGGGACAGACAGCCCGCCUGAGGAAGUCCCACCUCUUCCCCCUUCGAAAUUUGCUGGUGAUUGGUUCUCCUGCCUGAUAGGGGUGUGAUGUCACAGUGCAGGGGAUGAGUACAAGUGGCCUAUUUUUACGCCGUUCCAUAGGCUAUUUUUCUGACUCCUGUGUUCAUGUUACUGAAAAUGCCUCAACCUCAGACAUAGUUUUUUUGUCUUUGUUUCUUUUUUUUGUAAUUAUUCAUUAUAAUUAUUAUUCAUUACACAUCCCUUCUGUACUCAUUCAGUUGGGUAUACAUUGCCAGUAGACUGGUAUGAAUGACUUCUCAUACCUGUGAAGAAUCUAGAUGUGACAGUGCCAUAUUGAAACUAAACUGAACGUUCUUGUUCAGUCAUGAUUGGCCUGAUCGAUCAUGUCUCGUGGAACACUAGGGCAGCUAAGAAUGAAACCAAAAGAUUCCCUAGUUCAGUGAACUGAGUCACACCCAUGACCAUUUUAAAAGUUGAAUUCUGCAUGAUUAAUGUAGAACAUGUGAAAUUAAACUGCACAAAAUUAUCCAUGGGAAUAGUAAAGAGUUGUAUUCAUCAUCAUUUUUAUUUCACUACAUAUGACAUGUACUUUUUAGUCAAGCAACACAUUUGGCAAUCAUACAAGCUUUCUUUGUUUUCAAAGUCUUCAGUAAGACUCAGCACCAACAAACCCACAAAAAUGACAAUAAUUUAGUUCAGGCAGUAAUUACCUGCAUGGAGGCAUUCUGUGCUCUGUGGUAAUAAUAAUAAUAACUCAGCUUUUAAAGAAUGAAGUAUUUGUUCUGUUUUUGACAUGCAGAAGCUCAAGGUAGUCAUGACACAUCUUUGGAAAAACUUUAUUUCCUGAAAAUGUUUUCAAGAUGUGGAAUGAGAAAUGUGUCAAAUCCCCUUUGAAUAUAUUUCACAGGUUUCACUUGGUUUAUUUGAUAAUUUCGUCAUUUUGAUACGUCUCGAUGAUGAUUAAGUGUCUUUAAGUUUCAUUGCUGUUUUGUCAGGUAAUAGCCUUGUAAUCUUUAAAUGUUUCUUGUGCUUUUCAAAAUUUCUAAAAUGUUCUUUCAUUUAAUGACACAUGAACCCCCUGGCCCCCACAGACCAUCCUCAUGAGGCCACUUGUACUCCUUGGUAGCUUGUGUGUGUUGUGACCGGUGACAUGUAGACACACCAUGACAUUCUUAGAAAAAGGGUUCUUUAAUUUGUCCUCUCUUGAGAACCCUUAGAGAUUCUACAAAUAAUAUGUAAAGGUUACUCAUAGAACCACAUUGUGGAACCUUUAUUGGUUCUAUAAGGACAAGUCAGAGGGCCCUUUGAAAGGUUCUAGAUAGCACCUUGUUUUCUAAGAGUCUCAGAGGGGAAACUCUCCUGCUCCUUCCUCUCGCCAUGAGGGGAACACUUCUUAUGGCAUUUUAUACACUGUGCUUCUAUGGAUAGGACUUUUUGCACUAGUUUUACGACAUGUCUUUAUUUCUUUUUUUCUUUUGAGAAACUGUGCUGAAGGAAUAUUAUCCCAUAUCAGUGUUUCUAGUCCACCUGUAUCUGUUCCUCUUGUAUUUUGGGCAGAGACUGAAUCUGCCAACUGAUAUCCCCAAUAAAGGAAUCCAAAUCUGGACAUGGAUUUCCA